ACAAACCGGAAGUGUUUGUCGAACAGUUAAAAGCCACUUGACAAAGCCUAGCUGAGGUUAGCCGUCAGCCCCGGUUCCGUCGUUCUGCAGGGAUGGAGGUUACACGACAAAAUUUUAAAGACUGUUUAAGCACAGUGUACAGCGCCAUAGAGGAGGCUGACUUUCUUGCCAUCGAUGGAGAAUUUUCAGGUAUAAGCGACGGUCCUAAUGUCAGUGCAUUGACCAACGGGCUGGAUACACCUGAAGAGAGAUACACGAAGCUGAAAAAGCAUUCCAUGGACUUUCUCAUGUUCCAGUUUGGCUUGUGUACAUUCAGAUACGACUCUGCCAAGUCGAAGUACAUUACGAAGCCUUUUAACUUUUAUGUUUUCCCGAAACCAUUCAGUCGGACGUCUCCUGACAUAAAGUUCAUCUGUCAAAGUUCCAGCAUUGACUUCCUGGCGAGCCAGGGAUUUGACUUCAACAAGGUGUUUGGUCAUGGAAUCCCGUACCUAAAUCAAGACGAGGAAGCUCAGCUGAGAGAGCAGACGGAGGAACGGAGAAACCAGCACGCCAACGGUCUCGGGACGCCUUCCUUUAUCUCCCCGUCAUCCUCCAAAGUCCCUGCACACGUACCAGACGAACAGAAAGACUUCAUCAACAAAGUGGUAGAGAAAGUCGAGAGGCUUUUCAACGGAAACGAGAAAACUCUGAACUUGGACCCAUGUACAGGAUUCCAGAGAAAGCUGAUAUACCAGACACUGAGCUGGAAGUUUCCCAAAGGCCUUCAUGUAGAAACAUUGGAAACAGAAAAGAAGGAGCGCUUCAUUCAGAUCAGUAAAGUUGACGAGGAGGAGAGGAAGAGGAGGGAGCAACAGAAACUGGAGAAGGAGCAGGAGGAGCUCAAUAACGCUGUUGGCUUCUCCAGGGUUAUCCAUGCCAUUUCUAAAUCUGGUAAACUGGUGGUUGGCCACAAUAUGCUUCUGGAUGUGAUGCACACCAUCCACCAGUUCUACUGUCCGCUGCCAGAGGACCUUCAAGACUUUAAAGAAGUUGCAAUGUGUGUUUUCCCAAGACUUCUAGACACAAAGCUGAUGGCCUCCACUCAGCCAUUUAAGGAGCUGAUCAACAACACGUCUCUGGCAGAGCUCGAAAAACAAGUGAAAGAAACUCCGUUCAAGCCACCGCAAGUUGAAACCGCCGAGGGGUUCCCUAGCUACGACACGGCCCAGGAGCAGCUCCACGAGGCCGGAUACGACGCUUACAUCACCGGCCUGUGUUUCAUCUCCAUGGCCAACCACCUGGGUUCUUUCCUGAUGCCGCCGAUAUCUUACAUCUCCCCCCGAUCGAAACUAGUUGAACCUUUCUUCAACAAGCUCUUUCUGAUGCGGAUUAUCGACAUACCCUACCUCAACAUCACCGGACCAGAUUUGCAGCCGAAGAGAGACCAUGUCCUGUACGUGACCUUCCCCAAGGAGUGGAAGACGAGUGACCUCUACCAGCUCUUCAGUGCCUUUGGUAACAUCCAGGUGUCGUGGAUAGACGACACCUCAGCCUUUGUCUCUCUAAGUCAGACGGACCAGGUGCAGAUCGCUAUGAACACCAGCCGCUACGCAGAGAGCUACAAGAUCCAGACGUACGCAGACUACAUCCAGGGGAAACAGCAGGAGAAGGAGAAGCUCGGCCAGCCAGCUAAAACCUGGGGGGAUGACAGCUGGGUGAAGCCUCACUACCCGUCCUCCACUACGUCUGCUGGGUUUGGGUUCUCCAGGAGGAAACGCAGCAUCAGUCCCACUCAGGGGGAGCAGGGAGGCGACGACGGCGCAUGUGGGGAUGGCUGGAACCACUACUCAUUCCCAGACGGCACUGGCAGCAAAAAGAUCAGAUAUGAUGAUGUUGGCGGGCAGGCGAGCGUUGAAGCUGUGGAGAGCAAGACAUCAGAAGGCUGGCUGAAGAUGACAAAUUCUUCAUAUUUGGCCGAACCAAGUCCAGUCCCAGAUGCUAAAAGUCCAGAAGGUGCCGACUCGGGCAGCUAUGCUGAUGGGACGGCUACGUGGCACCAAACCCCAAAAGUUCCAGGAAGGAAAGGUCAAAAAAGCAAGAAGAAGAAAUCUGACGCGUCAGAUUCUACAACCUCCCUGUUCGAAGUCCCAGAAGUCUGGUAGAGCAGGCUUCUGGGCCGGCCUCUCCUCCUCAACACUUGGUGCACGCUACUCCAGGGUCAUAAAGCACAGAGUGCUGCAUGCCCCACCUUCAUGCUCUCAUUCAGCACUUACGGAUAAAGUGUCCAAAGCUACCAGCUGAGACAUUUAACACAAGUUUUGAAAGCAAAAAAAAAAAAAA